CUCUGCGUUGUUGCACUCCACGGCUGGCACCAAGAAGCAAGCAAGCAAAGCAAGCGACGAUGGUGGAGAUUGACAGGACACGGCUGCUGACGAGCCUGAUGGCUGCUGGGCUGUCAUCCAUCAUGUUCUACUUGCUGAUGCGGGUGCUGUACAAGCAGAUGGACCCCUCGCACAAGCGAUCCCAGGAAGCGAAACAAGCAGCCAACAAAGCCCUCAGGCGCCUGAAAUCAAAGGUAAAGCUGAACGAACACGAAACCAUCAUUGCCGCAGAUGUGGUGGAUCCUGCAGACCUGCCAGAGACGUUUGAGGAUGUUGGCGGGCUCGAGAAAACAGUGCAGAUGCUGACCGAGGAGAUUGUACUCCCUUUCACGAGGCCGGAGCUCUUCCAGCAGGCGUCACAGCUGCUCCAGCCACCAAAAGGGCUGUUGCUCUUUGGCCCUCCCGGUUGCGGCAAGACGCUGCUUGCGCGUGCUUUGGCAAAAGAAUGCGGUUGCUGUUUCAUCAACGUGCGCCCUUCCACCUUCAUGGACAAAUGGUUUGGGGAAUCCCAGAAACUGGUUGAGGCCAUCUUCACCCUGGCGGCAAAGUUGCAGCCAAGCAUCAUCUUCAUUGAUGAAAUUGACGCAUUCCUGCGCACGCGCAGCUCCCUGGACCACGAGUCCUCCGCCGUCAUCAAGGCCCAGUUCAUGACGCUGUGGGACGGGUUUGCCUCGGAUCGCACGUCGCGUGUUGUUGUCGUUGCCGCCACCAACCGCCCGGACGAUGUUGAUCGCGCCAUCCUGCGCCGCCUCAGCCGCUCCUGCCACAUCGGUCUCCCGGAUGCUGUCCAGCGCGCGCGCAUCCUGAAGGUCAUCUUGCGCCACGAGCAGCUGUCGCGUGACGUCGACAUUGCUAAACUUGCGUCAGAGACGGAGGGGUAUUCCGGUAGCGACCUGCGCGAGCUGUGCCGCGUGGCAGCAACACGCGCCCUCCGCCACUCCAUUCGGGCAUCCGCGCGCCGCCAGCAGCAGCAGCAGCAGCAGCAGAGGGACGAGACCACAGGCAGCAAAACAGAUACGGGUGUGAGCAUGCGACCGCUUGCCAUGCGCGACUUCACUGCGGCCCGCACCACCGUCGAGUCAGCAAUGGUAGAGCGACCAAAGGCGCCAGCAGCACCAGCAGAGGGCGGGGUCGCCAGCUUGGACUAGUGCGCCGUCGUACUUGCUUGCUGCUCUUGGUCAUGUGGUGUGUGGCUGUCGCGUGUGGUGUUGGGUUCCGACUUUGUUUGGCGCGCGUGUGUGUGUGCGUGUGUGUGUUGUGUUGGUUUUCAAGCCUGUUGGUGUAGUUGAGGCGUGUACCUGUUCUGUUGUUAUGACGAAGGACAAGAAGGGUGGUGUGGCUGUGGUUGUCUUUCUUCUGUCGUGGUACUGCGUACAGUUGGUGUUUCUCUCGUGUUGUUCUUUUUGGGUUGAUUAGGAAUACAUGACGCAUUUACUCCUCAGUUGUGCCAGCACCUGCAACGUUGCUCGUUGAUACACACAGACCGACGUG